CCUCUCCUCCCCUGACACACGGAAGCUCAGUGGCCCCAACGCCAGGAUGUCGGACGCCUGGGUCCUCCGCCUCUUACCCACCUUGCUGCUCGGCCUGCUGGCCGGCCUCCAACAGGCUGCAGCCAGAUGUAACCCCUUCACCUGCCCUGACGGAUUCAAAUGCUGCGGUGACACCUGCUGCCGGGAGUAUGAGCUCUUCUCCGGCCCCAUUAGGAUCUUCAUCAUCAUCUUCCUGACCUUGAUGCCCAUCAUAUGCAUCUGCGGCCUGGCUAGGCGCUUCUGCCCCCACUGCAGAGAGCAGGAACCGGACCCCCGGAUGGAUCACAUGAGGCCCCCAGAACGGCCCACCGCCCCCCCCACAGAGAGGGUCACCGCGGUGUCCAUCCCCGAGCCCCCACCCUCCUACAGUGAGAUUAUUCUGAAGCCAGACCUGGGCCUGCCCCCGCUGGAGCCGCCCCCUCCCUACAGCCUCAGGCCUGAAGAACAUUCUGGGGUCCCCAGAGGCAUUGACAACCCAGCCUUCUGAACCACCUCCUGCCUGGAAUCCUGCCUCAGCCACCUCCUUCCUGACACCUGGAUCAAGCCAGAGACGCCUGGGACCCCCGAAACGACCCCCCCCCCCCCCAGCCUGCUACCUCUCUGGAUUUAACUUAUUGCUUUUCCUGCCCCCGUCCCACCCCAGCGGUCUCUCUUGUCCCAAAGGCUGGGCUGGAGCAACAGUGACCAGCCCCCCCCCACCGCUCCCCCCCCACCAACCAAGUUAGAGGCUGCCCAGAGGAAAGUGUCAGCAGGUGGAGGGGACUGGCAGUAGGAUGGGCUGCUCUGAGGGGUGGAGAGCGCCCCGCUUCUCAACCGGACAGCGGCUCUGAGAUGUGAAGGACACGGCGUCCCGAGGGGAUCCGACCUCCUGAGCUCUGAGCCGUCUCCAGUUCUACCAGAAUAGAGAAGGCCCCAUUCCGCCCCACCCUACACCCGGCACACUACUCACUAAAUUAGCUCGCUGCUGCUGCUGAGAAUCUGCCUCUGGCUCUGUGUGCAGGUGAGCCCAGACUCUGCUGGGAAACUGUGUGUGUGGGGGGAGGAGGGUGCCAUUCUGCGCCCCAAAUCCCACCAUUGAUGAGUCUUCUGGGACCGUGUUGACAAUAAGCCUAGAAAGACAGUACAUCCGGGGGCCACCCUCCGGGAGAGGAUCUUUACAGAUGCUUUGACUUCCCGUCCUUGGAGGUCUCUGGGUGCUAAAGAGCCUGGACAGGUUGCUGGGGUGGAAGUGACCGGCGUGUGCUUCCACACCCCAUCCUCCCACUGCUGUCCUGGGGAGUCGGAGCUCAACUCCCUGACUCUCGCCGUGGGGGAGGGGAGCCAGGAGGCUGGCCAUCUGUAGGGCGGGGCCUCCCCAGAUCAGCCCCACCCUGGAAUCUCCUGGAGGGCAGACCCACCCUUUUCUUCCAGUCCCAUCGGUGCGGUUAACCCUUCAGAGGAAAGCAUUGCAGCACAGAGUGUGCCUGGGGCUGGGUCCCAGGGAGUCUGGAGCAGAGCAUGGAGUUGAGAGCCUAGCAUGGCACAUGCAGAGUGAGCGAGAGCAUGCCCGUGUCUCGGGGCUCCGGCAGGGCUGGGCUCCUCCUCUGCACCCUGACCUUGCAGCCCAGGAAUGCUGGCCUUCCUCCCCGGGCAGAGGGCACGGCGGCAGCACUGGCCAAGCUCCUGGCAGGACCCGAGGUAGAACUGGCCCUGGUGUGCUGGCCGGGACGGCUCCUCCAGGCCUUGCCUAGUCAUACCCAGCCUUGGGGCAUUAGGACCCAGGCAGGGGCAGGUGGCAGGGGGCAUGGCACAGCCAGCCCCCAAAAGGCCAGGAACGGGCUGUCUGGCGGAGAGUUCCUGCUUGAGGCGGCCUCAGAGGGGGCACAGUUGUAAGGAAGUUUUUUACUUUGUAUGCUUUAUCAUUGUUUGUAUUUUUACCAUGAGCAAGUAUGGCUUUUACAAAUUUUAACAAAAGAUUUCUUUCAUGGAAUCAGCUUUGGAAGUUAAUAAAGACUCACCUUGUGAACUUUGAUCAGCA